GGUUGAUCGGCAGUUUGUUUAAAUGGGAACUCAACUGGAUUUUCUCAGUUACCUUGGUUAUGACAUGUCAGUGAAGAUUUUCACAUGUUUGGAUGAUCCGUCUGAUAUUGCGCGUGUUAACUGUGUCUCUCGCUCUUGGCGAGAUUUUGUGAUAGCUAAUGGUCUUGCCAAGCAUCUGUGCUGGAGGACGUUUCCUCAAUUAUCUAGAGUUGAUCAUGUGGUUGAGCCAGCCUCCAUGGCAGAAAGUCCUGUGGCAGUUGGAUCUAGUAACAUAGAAUGGGAAACUCUGAAGAAAGAGCACAGAGCUUAUGCCUUUCUGGGUCAAGCUGUUCUCCUGUGGCAGUGGGGCUUCUAUUUUGCAAAAUCUGUUCGAUUCCGAAUGGGUCAUCUCAACCCCUACUACAAUGAUAGUCUUAUGGAUGAGUCAUGCCUGGAUUCUCUUGGUGACAAGUUUGUGUGGACUUACACUUCACAAGAGUUUUCAGUUGUUCCGGAAGAUUUGUUGCAGAGCUUUAAGCUUCCAGAACCUGUUCUUUGCAUUGGGCGCCUCACUUUGAUGUCGUUGGACGUCCAUUGUCUCCAGCAUUUGGAGUUAAAAUCCUUGGGCCCUCAGGAAAUUUUGUGUUGAAGGCCUUGAGUUACACACAACCACUGACUGUACAUCAGGAAACCAGGCGAGCAGCAGAGAGAUGUCCUAGAUGGUUUAUAAAUAUUUAAUUUCUAU